AUGGACUAAUGAUAACCGGACGGUCGGCGGCGGCGCCGCUUAACAGCAUGAUGAAAACCUUGCGCACGGUUGCACGGUGGCCGAACAAAGUGUGUUGUACUCGCGUCAUUCAUCCGCGACCGUGCACGUACCGCUCAGUUCACCAUCACGACGACGACCACGACGACAUGGCGUCCAAUGACCAGCAACACGAUAAACCACCGCCGCCCACGAGUAAGUCGCUGGACAAGCUGCCGGCCAAGGUGCAGCUGAAGACCCCAAAAGGGACGCGCGACUACGGGCCCGAGCACACGGCCGUGCGCAACGACGUGCUGGGCCGCAUCACGGAAGUGUUCAAGCGCCACGGGGCCGUGAACAUCGACACGCCGAUAUUCGAGCUGAAGGAGGUGCUGACCGGCAAAUACGGCGAGGACUCGAAGCUUAUUUACGACCUGGCCGACCAGGGCGGCGAGUCGCUGUCCCUGCGCUACGACCUGACCGUGCCGUUCGCCAGGUACCUGGCCAUGAACAAGAUCACCAACAUCAAGCGGUACCAGAUCGCCAAGGUGUACCGGCGCGACAACCCGUCCGUGACACGCGGCCGGUACCGCGAGUUCUACCAGUGCGACUACGACAUCGCGGGCCAGUACGACGAUAUGAUACCCGAGGCCGAGUGCGUAUUUGUCGCUACCGAGAUCCUCAGUGCCCUGGACGCGGGCAAGUUCAAGGUGAAGGUCAACCACAGGCUGCUGCUCGACGGCCUGUUCGAGUCGUGCGGUGUUCCCACCGACCAGUUCAGAACCAUUUGCUCCUCUGUUGACAAGCUGGACAAGUCUCCGUGGCUAGAGGUCAGGAAAGAGAUGGUCACCGAGAAAGGGUUGGCCGAAGAAGUGGCUGACAAGAUCGGCACGUACGUGCGGAUGAACGGGACCGACGAGUUGGUCACGGCUCUUUUCAAAGACGACCUGCUCACCAAGUCUAAAAUGGCUGUACAAGGGUUGGAGGCCAUGAAAUUGUUUUUCGAGUACAUCAAGUUCUUCAAUAUCGACCAUCUUGUGUCCUUUGACUUGAGUUUAGCCAGAGGACUGGAUUACUAUACAGGUAUCAUAUAUGAAGUUGUUUUAUUAGACAAAGGCGAAUCCGUCGGUAGCGUUGCCGGCGGUGGUCGCUACGAUAAUCUAGUCGGUAUGUUCCAUCCUAAAAACAAAACCAUCCCAUGUGUGGGUAUAUCGAUCGGUGUGGAAAGGCUGUUCACCGUCAUCGAAGCCAAACUAGCCAAACAGAAACAAAAAGUACGUAUGACAGAGGUGCAAGUGUAUGUAGCUGCUGCACAGAAAGACCUGGUCCAACACAGGUUGACAGUGUGCAGAGAUUUGUGGAAUGCAGGGAUUAAGGCUGAACAUUCGUACAAGAAGAAUCCUAAACUGUUGGCCCAACUUCAGCACUGCGAAGAAAAUGAAAUCCCGUGGGCUGUCAUCAUUGGUGAAGGGGAAGUAGCGAAAGGUGUUGUUAAACUAAGGGAUGUUGUUACUAGGCAGGAAGAAGAAGUUCAAAGGGAGGAUCUCGUCCAAGAAAUAUUUAAGAGGUUACAGAUUAAAAGCUAAAGUGUCUUGUAUAGUAGAUAUAUUGGUAUUAAAUUAUUUUUUCUAUUAAAGGGUGUUUUUUUUAAUAAAA